AUGGGAACAUGUUCUUUGGAUUUAGGAUCUUCUUGGUUUGUGGGUUUCCAUGGUUCUAAACAUUUGUUUACCAACCGGGUUUAUAAAGUUUCUGCCAAACCGUUUACAAUUAGCAGAAGUUCGCUGACUGCUAUAUAUAUCCUUCAGGUAUGAUCAUUUGUUGAUUGUGCUAUUUCUUUGCAAGUCCAAUCCUCUCUUGCCCGUCAGGAGUUUGAAAUAACCCACAGAUACGCCUGUACAUAUCAUAGAUGUUAUCGAUUGUAACAAGGACAACUGAAAGGGAAAUGGUUAAACAGUCUCUUGGUAACUGCAUGGAUUAAAACUUAGAACAGUUGUUUUCAUCUAUCAGAAGGAAAAAUCUCUUUUCAACUUGGAAAAGUUGUAUCGCCUUAGUCUGAUAUACAGUUAUCUAUAAUUUUGCGAAGGGUGACAUGGGGACCAGUCUUCAUUGAUUCUGAUCAUGAAUGACAACCUUGGAUAUACCUUCUAGGCGAUCAGAAGAACCACCGUGUGACCAAAGUUGCUUAAUAUACUUAAUCUAACAACUCUACCACCAAACAGUCACGUAAAGUCAUUGUACAUCUAACGUUAGCCGUUGUUAAAAGGGCACUAAUGACGAGCCUAACUUGUUCUGCAACUGCUUCGCUGCAAGACGGGUUGAAAAGCUAUUAAUAUCUUUUGCGCUUUUUACUACCCGCAAGUCAAACCGGUUUUGUCGGUUGCAAAAACGUUGCCGCAAAAUAUAGAACUGCUCUAUAUCUAUUUUUUGUAACAAAUUUCCCCAACCUACUACAACCUAAUUUGAAUUAGUUGUUUGUUUCGUGGAUAUACUAAGAUGAGCAAUACGUUUUUCAACUCAUUUACAUCAAUGUUGUAAAUCAAGUUUCCCCUUUUUUGCUCCUUUUUCAUAGUACUGUAGCUUUACAGUUGUUACCUCUUUAAAGGUGAACGCCGGUGUUGAAGAUACUCAUUUACUGCGGGGAAAAGUUAUCAACCUGGACUUACACUGUGCCGCAACAUGGAGUGGAAACCAAGUUGUAAAUUUUUAUAAUUGCCUUACGUUCAAACUGGAAGGGAACGAAACUCGUAUAGGUUUGUUUCUUCUUUGUAAUACGUAUAUGUUAUGACAAUAACAGUUGCAGUCAAAAGCGGUGUAACCAAAUCGUUUCCCAUUUCUCGGACGUUUUUUACACCGAUUUAUCUUCAGUGCUAAAGUUUUUGUUUCCAUCGCUCUAAUUUGCUGUGAAAGCAAGACAAUCUAAAUCUUUUAAUGAUAGACCCCGCGGCUUCAUCGUUCGCAAAUAUUUUAGUUGAUUUGGGGUUAUUGUUCAUAUUCGUUGUCAUUGUUGAUAUAAAUAAGUUUUGUUAUAAUAAUUAUAAUUAGCUCCUUUUCUGCCGGCAUGGUACUGUCAGUAAGAAAGUCCAAUAAAAUUUUGUUCAUGUUUAGCAUUAAUGGGACGAAAGUGCAUUUCAAAAACUUACUUUUACCAUUGCAUUCUGUGAGGUCUUGUUGAUAAGUCAUCAAAUUCUACGGUAAAUUCUUCAUUCUAUAUGACAUCGUUAUCAACUUCAGGCCUAGAUGACACAAGCAAAAAUUAUUCACUAAAGAUCUUCAAAGUCAACACCCCUUAUAGUCUUUGCUACUACACAAGCAUCGCAUUCGUAAUCAUCUUGUAAGAAUCUACUACACCAGCUCUCCUAAAUCUAAAAGCCAAUUGAUUUGCUAUCCUAACCGUAAAAUAAUGAACAUAAUGAUAAACAAUGUUGUUCUAUUGUUUUCUGCGACCAAUGAGGAGAUACCUUACGAGCAUCUCCUACAGUAUACUGAAUUGUAAACCAGCAACUGAAAGUAAGCGUCGUGUCACUGGGACGAAAUUAUUUUAACUGGUCCUAAACACAACGAAAGGCAGCUGCAAGGUAAAGGAGAUAUGUCGUGGUGCAGACUUGAAAAAGUUUCUCAACACUGUUACUCGUAAAUAUGAAGGAGAGUCAGAUUUAUUGGGUCAUUUAAUAUACACCACGCAUAUGUGGGCAGAAUCACAGAAAUUCUAGUUCCUGUGUACGGACUAAGCGGUCAUUCUGACCCCGUCUGCUUUACGCACAAAUUUAACAUCAUCACCAGUAGGUGGUAGGUGAAUUCUUUCUCUGAGAAAGAAUUUUCAAAUUAUCUUCAUACCCUUCCAUGGUGAUCAGCAGUCGAUGCUUUUUCUGAUGUUGACGACAAACUUACAAUUUGGAAUGCCUGGUCUGUUCAUGAAAUAUUUAGAACAAGCCGGCAUAUUACUUUUCACUUUAUAAGGCCAGUGAAAAACAAAGAACUACUGGAAUGGAUCUUUGACUGAAUGCAUUCUUCAGCAAAUAUGUGUGAGGGACAAGUUAAAAGCACGCCAAAAAAGAGAGUAAUAUAUAUGCUAAGAACAAUGUACCAAAGAGUCAGAAACGAUGUCGUUAUACUUAUUUUCAGUGCAAGUCAGAGUAUUUCAAAGAGAAGAUUCUUCCAAAUCAUCAGUCACUUUCACGGCAAACCUAGACAGAAGAAGUCCCGUUGGGCUCAGUUCUAGGCCCUAUCCUCUUCUCUAUAUACGUGAAAGAUCUCUCUUUUUCUGAAGGAAACUGAAGUAAAAAUCUAUGCGGCCGACGCAACUACUUGGCCAGGUCGGGCCAAUUGUUGUGAAAUACAGCAAACUCUAAAUGGGAGUCUAAGAGAAACUAACCAAAAGGUGUUUAAAAGUCGACGAAAUGAAACCAAAAAAAAUCACCAUACGAUGAUUGGGGGGUAAAUAAUCAGGCUUUAUUAAACCAGGUAAAAGCCCUCUAGGUGAGAUGAAGAGUACUGAAAUAAAUGUGUUAUAACAAGGAAAUGAAUAAAAGCUAUCUUCAUAAAGCAUUAAGACGGAAUCCGUCAGGAAAUUGAGUAAUUUUAAUUUUCAGUAGACAAAAGCCUUGUACCAGAAUAAUUUAAAGCAUAUUGCAUUCUUUUUUACAUUUUUCAAGGGCUACAGAUGUAAUUAGUUAUCUGUAAUGACACCAAAGAAAAUUUUCUAUGAGAGAUUGUGAGAAAAUAAACGUCAAAUUUCACAAUGACACCUUACACAUUAAUAUUUCAGAAUUUAACCUAUGUUUUCAAAAUUGUUGUGAAAUUUGACUUUUAUGUUGCAACACCACAAAUUCAUAUCCUGUCACAUCACAUCCUACUCGAAAAAACUGCGAUAAACCAAAAAGACGAAGCAUCUACUCAUUGGUUAAUCCAAACUAAAUAGUCAUAGUGGAAAAAAAAACUUCUUCUUUUCCAUUGACAACGCAAGGCUAGAGAAAUCAGUAGGUGAAAAGCUUAUUAACUGGUGUAGCCAUCGACCCUCACCUUUCAUAAGAGUUACACAUUGACUGUUAUUAUUAUCAUAAUUGUUAUUACUAUCAUCAUCAUCAAUAAUGUUAUUAUCAUUAUUAUUAUUAUUACUAUAAGGCAGUACUACAUGUCUGGGUGCUCAUAAUAUUGAUGAAAUAACACAGGAGAUGGGCGUCUGGCGUUAACUAGCCUGCGAGCAGGCUCACUUCUGCGAGUCCGGGAAAAAAUGUUUCCUCGCCCUAUUCUUCUUAAUGCCCGUAAAAUGUUCCAUGAACUCGCACAAGUGAGCGUGUUUGCAGGCUAGACCGUAACCAACCCCACCGCCGUUAAAUCUUUUUCUUUUAUUUAAACUUUCGAAUUUUUUAAAAUAUCACUGCUUUACGGUAGAAAAAGAAAAUGGUUUCAAUUACUGGUAUUCUAAAUUUUCGAACUUAAAAAAAAAUGCCUUAGGCCCGGUUCAGACGCCGAACUUUUCAUGAGCCGAACCUAAUUCGAAUUAAGGCCGACCCAAAUUAUUUAGACCGGCUGAAUCGAUUCAGACGCCGAUCUUAAUUCCAGCCGAACUAAAUUCAAAAGGAGAAAAAUGCUCAUUUCGGUCAAACUACUUACAAAAUACGUUAAAAUAAUUCAUGCAUUAGGUUCGGUACAUGAAAAGUUCGGCGUCUGAAUCAAAGCCGUUCCAAAGUCGCUCCAAAGGCGAAAUUCCCGGCUGGGCCAGGCGAAAAGAACGGCUGAGCCGUUCCAAAUUGAAACAGGCGUUCCUAAUUGAUUCAGACGCCGAACUUUUCAUGUACUUAAUUCAAUGUAUUAGGUUCGGCUCAUGAAAAGUUCGGCGUCUGAACCGGGCCUUAGUUGAAACAAAGGAAAGUUUUAUUGUUUAUUACACCAAUAUGGCCGCCUUGACGCUGAGGAGGAAAUAAUCUAUGGUGUGGCUAUUAAAAUAAGACCUCUUUGGCAAUAAUUUAACAUGGUACCAUUAUGUAUUUCAGCUUUUCGAAGUAAAGUUUGAAAAUUUGUUUGAAAUUUGACUUUGGACACGUUUGGCAGUGGAAGGGUCAAACAAAUAACCGUUGUAGCGAAGAUAGUAUGACGUUAGUACCUAAUGUAUUCUUUGUUUGAGUUUCAGAUCGCUGGCAGAUAGCUCAAUCGCUCUCCAGUAUGUUUUGGGGCCAAAGGUGACAAGUCUGGAAACUUCAGCACUCCAGCUGGAAAGUUAGCUGCCAUAAAGCUGGUUUAUCUGUACGGUUAUGUAUCCUGCAGCACCCUUGUGUCUUCCUAUAGGCCUUACUGGGGCUGCGGUAUCGAUCCAAGGAACGCAAAAAACACUCAUCGACAAGUCAACGUUAUCAUAACAAACUCAAGCAAUCACUUUCUACUGCCAACAAAUCAGUUCAUCAGCGAUGUAACCAUGACGUGGUACACGAUUCCUGGGUAUAACUCCCUCUCACCUGAGCUUGUUCUGUCAGUUUUCUUGAAUCCUAUUAGCUGGUCUUCCAAUCAAGUGUUACGUCUGUGGUACGGUGAAGAUCUGGCGAAUCACAAAGAGCAGGGAGACAACGGGGGAAGAGUUUGCGCUGAUGUUUAUUCGACCUACGAUUGA